AAAAUUAGUUAUAAUCAUUUUCGCCAAAAUAAAAGUAUAAAAUUUUGUAUGCUAUUCUAUUAUUUUCUUUUAUUUAUUUAAUUUAACUUAUAUAUACUAAUUUUUAGCUAACCUUUUCAAAUGGAAACUAAUUUGAGAAAUAACUUUGAAAAAUAUUUAUCUGGUGGAGAAACCACCCAAAGUCAAUUAACAGAAGUUUUGUAUAGAACACAAACUGAAAAUAAAAUGCUACCAGGAUUUGAUCCUAAUCGAGAUGAUGUUGAAUAUUAUCGUAUUCAACAGGAUAUUGAUUGUGAUGAAGUAUAUCCAAGAAUAUAUAUUGGUGAUGCUGUAACAGCAAAAAAUAAAAAAUAUCUUAAAAUGUUGGGUAUUACACAUUUGCUUAAUGCUGCUGAAGGAAAAAGAUUUGGAUUUGUAAACACUAAUAAGAAUUAUUAUUCUGAUAUAACAAUAAAAUAUCUUGGUUUGCCACUUAUUGAUUUAUGCAGUACAGACAUUAGCAAAUAUUUUUUCACUAUUGCAGACUUUAUUGAUGAAGCUAUUUCUUCUGGAGGUAAAGUAUUUGUUCAUUGUAUGUUAGGAAUUUCACGUAGUGCUACAUGUGUGUUAGCAUAUUUAAUGAUUAAAAAAGAAAUGUUAGCAACAGAUGCAAUUCGUACAGUCCGCAAAAAUCGUUUUAUUCAACCAAAUAGUGGCUUUCUUAAUCAAUUAGCAACAUUAGAUAAUCAUUUACGAAGACAACGAUUACAAAUAUAGAUUUAAUGAGGAUUAUAAAGAUAUAUUUCUAUGAGAUUUUACAAGAUUUAUCUGCAGUAUACAAUGCAUAGAAAUUUAUUAAUAUAUAUUGUAUAUAAAUAAUUGUAUAUAAAAAUUGAAUAUAAUCAAACUGUUUAUCAAUACAUUAUUAUCUAUUUGUAAAUUCUAAAGUUUUAUUGUUUGACAUUACAUAUUACACAUAAAAUUCAUUGUAAAUUAUUUCAAAAUUUAUAUUUUAUGCGUAAUCCAUAUUUUAAUAUUAUCAUGUAAUCUAAAUUUUAUUUAUUUACAAAUUUCAUUAAAAUUAUAAAGUUGAUUGCGAUUACAUGUUUGUGAUGUAAAAUUUUAUAUAUACAAUAUUACAUCGCACCUCUUACCUUCACCUUUUUAUUUGAUGAAUUUGUUUAAUAAAUUAUAAAAUUGAUAAAAUAUAAUACUGUAAAAACA